AUCACAAAGCUAUUUCGUUCCAAAUUCCAAUCCAUUUUGAUUUAAUUUGCUCGUGGAAAAUCUUGCUGUGGAAUUUUUUUGCCUGAGAAAAAUGCAGUCUUUAACCACCAAGAUGUGCAUGGGUUUACGGUUACCGGUUUUCCCGGAACCGGAGGCGUGGCCAAGGAGGCAAUCGGUGAAUUGUAGUAACCGUAAGAGGAGGAAUAGGAGUGUGUUCAUGGCAUGCAGUGCAGAGAGGAAUGAGAAUGAUAAAGGAGAGAGUGGGAGUUCAAGAUCAAACUUGUUUUUAUCUCGGAGGAGCCAUAAUUACGCCAUGUUGAAGAGACGAAUGGACGUAGCUGCUAAAUCUGAGAAUUACGAAGAGGCUGCGAGGAUUCGUGACUCGCUGAAAUGUUUUGAAGAUGAAGUACCAGUUCUGCGUUUGAGGAGGUUGUUGAAAGAAGCAAUUUGCAAUGAGAGAUUCCAAGAUGCAGCUAAAUAUCGCGACGAGCUAAAAGAAAUUGCCCCACAUUCUCUCUUGAAAUGUUCAAGUGAUGCUACGACCUUGGGUAUCAGGGUUCAAGUUAGGAGUGUAUUUAUAGAGGGAAGAAGUCAGCCUUCAGAGGAGCUAUACUACUUUGCAUAUACAGUCAAAAUUACCAACAACUCAAACCGCCCUGUUCAACUUCUUAGAAGACAUUGGAUUGUAGCUGAUGCUAAUGGAAAAACUGAAAAUAUCUGGGGAAUUGGGGUUGUUGGUCUACAACCAGCUAUAUUUCCUAAGAGCAGUUUUGAAUACUCUUCUGCAUGCCCAUUAAGCACACAAAAUGGUAGACUGGAGGGUGACUUUGAAAUGAUACAUAUUGAUCGAGGAGGCUCAAGAGUAUUUAAUGUGGCUAUUGCUCCUUUCUCCCUCUCUUUACUUGGAGAUGAUGAUGGUCAAACUAUUUGAGAUAGAAUUGCAACAUCACCUUCUGAGAUUGUAAAAAAAAACAUCAUAAGUUAGUUGUUGUAAAUAUGUAAAUAAGUGUAAGUAUAUCUGGUUGUUGUAAAUAAGUGAUAGGCGAAUAUUUGGCCUUGCAGAUUUUUUUCUUUUUAAUCUUGUAAAUAUAUCUGGUUGUAAAUAUUUGUUGGAUGGUAUGUACAGAACUCAAGAUAAAAUCUAUUUUUAGGUGUAUAUUAUAAUCAGUUCAAGUUGUGUGAUGUCAAUAGCUCCUCCUCAACCCCAAACCCCCAUACCUAGACAAAAAGAAGAAAAAAACAAAAAUUGUAUCAAAAUCAAACUAAUUGUACACUAUAAAAGUAGUUGAGAGUUGUCGCAACCGAGGUCGCGGCGGGACGGCGCAUUAAAACUAAUCAUGUAUCAGAAGAGCCUGUUGACGGCGGUCCGACGGGACGACUCAGAUCUACAAGAGAGGGACCACCAUGCUUGAAUCUGACAUAUACUAGAGGUGAUUUCGGCGGAAGCAAAAGAGAUCCGAUAGGAAAGAAGUGGAUUGGAGCAGCAACAAAACUACAACGUCAAAGCCACCACCUUUCAGGAAUGCUCCGCGAGGGUUAGUGAGGGUGGCUCGAAGCCACACCACCACGACACCAAGCCACCAAUCUUCGGCCGUGACUCGGCGAGGGCGUCAUCCUCUUUCUGCAGUCAUCACUCUUGUUGUUUUCUUGCUGAUUUAUGUUAUUUAGUUUAACUUAGCUUAAUUAGUUUUUUAGUGUGUAUGUCUUCAUGAGAUAAUUCUUCAUUUUACUGUACAUGUAAUCUUUCCUUUCUUCUAAUCUUUCCUCAACAAAAGCUACAAACACCACCAACAACCAAAUCACGUUCCUGUGCUGUGUUUUGUUGUUUUAUCAAAGUGUAUAGUUUUUAAUGAAGUUAGUGCAUUCAAUUCUAGUUUUUUAUUUUUUAAAGAUAAAAGACCUUAUACUUAUAGGAGGACCCCUUACCUUAAAUGUGGGGUUUAUGGAGCCCAUUGCUGACUUCUUUAUUUUUUUCUUUUUUUUCAUGGUUGAUUGCUCAAGAUGGGCCUAAGCCCACUAAUGAAACACACUCUAUUUUUUAAGCUUGGCAGCGCCCCUUUUUUUAUUAUUGCCACAUGCUCAAAGAAU